AUGUCCCGCUUCCCUCAUGGCAUGCCAUUGCCAAAUGGACUUAAUACAGAUCCUCCGCUACCAGCCGACGCCCCUACCAUUGGCUUCAAGCUGAACCAUCUCUGCAUACGUGUGCGCGACCUAGAGAAGUCAUUGCAUUUCUACACCAAUCUCAUGGGUAUGCGUACCGUCAUGGUCACCAAUACCGGCCCCAUGACGGUCUAUUUCCUAGGCUAUCCAUCAACAGAUCGACAUCGUGAGAACCUGCCUGAGUUCGGCAAAGAGACUUCAAUCCCAGACACGACCGGCCUUUCAGAGCUAGUCCACAUGCACGGCGCAGAAAACAAACCAGACGGGUUCUAUGGCUCCGGGAACACGCCUCCACACCUAGGGUUCUGUAAUUUAGGGUUCAGUGUCCCUGAUCUGCCAAAGACAUUGGAGAGGCUCAGGGAAGCUGGUGUUCCCGUCGUCAAAGAUAUUGGUGCUGCUUCACGAAGGGAUAUUCCUAUUACUGAUUGGGAGAGCGAGCGGGGUGUUGGUGUUGAGGUCAAAGGCACAGAGAGCGAGAUUCAUCCUAUGUUCAAGCAAAUCUUUGCUAAUUUCGCGUAUGUUCAGGAUCCGGAUGGGUAUUAUGUCGAGUUGCUUCCACAGGGGUUUGGGGCGUGA